AGCGUACGUAGUUUUUGGUCCGUCAAAUACGACGGCCAAAACAGAAGUAUCAUAACUAUAAUCAAAAAUAUUAAACAGAUAAAUAAAGUAAAUUAAUCGCAACCAUCAGAAAGUUCGCUUUGAUUGAACAACAAGCGCUUUUGAUUGAAGAACAAGAGCUUUAAAUCUUUGGAACUUCUGUUCUCAUUAAAAAUGCCUCUUGUGGAUGUUGCAGAUGAGAGUUACGAUUACGUAAUAGUUGGUGCUGGCGCAUCUGGCUGUGUGGUUGCGAACAGAUUAAGCAGAACGAGCAAGACGCUACUGAUAGAAGCCGGCGGCCUUGACGCCUCUUGGGAUAUUUUGAUGCCCCAGAACUGUGGGAAAACGUGGGGGGACGAGAGGUUCAGCUGGCCCAUCGAGACCAUUCCUCAGGGGGGACUGAAGGACAAGAGUAGCUACUGUUAUGUGGGCAGACUAUUGGGGCAGACAAUCACAUUUCUUUUUGACAAGAUUACUGCAGAAGCCGGCGGCCUUGACGCCUCUUGGGAUAUUUUGAUGCCCCAGAACUGUGGGAAAACGUGGGGGGACGAGAGGUUCAGCUGGCCCAUCGAGACCAUUCCUCAGGGGGGACUGAAGGACAAGAGUAGCUACUGUUAUGUGGGCAGACUAUUGGGGGGCUCUGCCAGCAUCAACACCAUGUGCUGGAUGAGGGGACACCCCUCCGACUAUGACUCAUGGGAGUCUUUGGGCGUGCAGGGAUGGAGUUGGAAGGAUGUGGCGCCCUACUUCAAGCGGGUGGAGGGGUGCACUUUCAAGUGCAACAGAGACACGAGGGGGACUGCAGGUCCCAUGAAGUUAACUAAGGCUCCCAGGACCCACUUCGUAGAGACAGUACUCAAAGCAGCUGAACAACUGGGAUGGCCAGUGACCGAGGACUUAAACAGCGGCAAGAUGGAGGGAUUUGCCCACAUUGAGUCUCAGACAUACCAAGGAGUUCGAUGGAGUCCAUCCACGUCAUACCUGCACCCAGCCAUGGCCAGAGAAACACUUCACGUGUUGUGUCACACCGCUGUCACAAAAGUGACCUUGAACGGAUCAUAUGCCUCUGGGGUAGAGUACAUAGACAGGAAGACGGGGGAAUUGAAACAAGUAAUUUCCAACAAAGAAGUCAUCCUGUGUGCCAGUGGCCUACUCACUCCCAAAAUUCUGCUCCUCUCUGGCAUCGGUCCAAAAAUAGAACUGGAGGCUCUCGGAAUCGAACCUAAACGCAACUUGGCGGGUGUCGGAAAGAACUUGCAAGCUCCAAUUUUAGUUCCGGUGGCAUGUGCGGUGAAGUCGAAUAAUUAUUUCUACGGGAUGUAUCCUACUAAUAAGAAAGAGUUUGCCAAUCGCGACUGGUUCAUGGAUCACUCCGGACCUCACAAGUCCAUGGGACUAGACAUUGCGGCCUUGCUAAGAACAAAAAGCGGGCUGUCCAAGCCAAACAUCAACCUCAUGAUGGUCGACGCUGUGUUCGCGCCCUUUCCCCAAUCCAACGGAUUCCAGAAAGACCAUCUGGAGAUGCCUGGAUACACUUGCAUCGCCUCACAAACACAGACUUUCAGUCGGGGAUCUGUAAUUCUUAAGAGCAAAGAUGCAAGCGAGCUUCCGGUGGUGGACAUGGCUAUGUUGGCUGACCACAGAGACGUGCACAAUGCUAUCGAGGGUGUUAAAGUGGCACGGGAGUUGUUCCAUCACGAGGUUCUGUCGAACGAUGUAGCGACUGUGAUUCUGCCUGACAACAAUGUCCAAUCAGACAAGGAGUUGGAGGAUUACGUAAGAGAGAUGACGUCAUCGCAUGGGUACUACAGUGGGACGUGUAGAAUGGGGAGCUACUCGGACCCCCUGGCAGUGACUGACAGCCAGGGCAGAGUGUGGGGAGUGGGCCACUUGAGAGUGAUUGACAGCUCCCUCAUCCCAGAUGCACCCAGUGGCCCUCUAGUGUCCGUCUGCACCAUGCUCGCCGAGAAGAUAUGCGACAAGAUCGAAAUUCAAAACUCGAAACGAAUGGAACGUGCCGAGAAAUUUUAGUCGUUUAUAUGCUGUUUAAAAAACUUUGAUUGUUAUAAAAAAGUGUCCGCCAUUUUCAAAGUUUAUGGAUUAUUCCCUCCACAUAGAAAAUUAAAUUAUAAGACAAUCAACAAAAAAUAACCAGAUGACAAUCGAAUGAAAAACAAGACUGCUCGUACAUCAGGUUAAGUAUUUAUCUUUUUUUUCUUCAUUUUAUCCCCCACACGCUUAUUUAAAGUACGAAAGCAUGACUUAAGCACUUCGUAUCCUAAUAAAUAAGAUCAAACUAGCAUGUAACGCACCUCCGAUGCUUCAAACAGAAAAUUGAACCUAAAAAUUGCUUAUACAUAAAAUGUAUGGAAAAAAACAGCGAAAUGAAUGCAACCGUAAAAAAAGACGAGGGUAAUCCAACAGCGCUUUUGUUUUCAAAAGUUGAGCGAUAAAAGCAACAUACGGCUUUUCUUUCCAUAAAAAUAAAUUGAAAUUUUUUCAAUUUGAUAGAGAUUCAUAAUCCAACGUAAUUAAUAUUAAAACAUCA